AUGUCUGCUAAACCUCGCAACCAUACAGCCGACGAGAAUAGCCCGCUCCUCAAUGGCGGUGCCUCGUCGGCUCUCAAUGACACCCUCGGUCAUCGCAAUGGCAACGGCCAUAUCAGUCUCAGCCGGGACUCGAGCACAAUGACGUUCCUCUUCGACUCGAAGCAUACACCCGGUAUCGAUAACAGCAACAUUGCCGUAAGGAGUCUGGCUUACUCCUGGCACAUCGCCAAGGUCACCCUCCUCAGCAAUUAUGUUAACUUUCUCCUGGUUAUGGUUCCUCUCGGUAUUGUCGCGGGUAAGAUGGGCUGGGGCUCCACUGCCGUCUUCACCAUCAACUUCUUUGCUAUUAUCCCGCUCGCUGCUGUUCUGUCUUUUGCGACAGAAGAGUUCUCGAUGAAGCUUGGCGAGACUCUUGGUGGACUCCUGAAUGCUACCUUUGGAAAUGCCGUGGAACUUAUUGUCAGCAUUGUUGCUCUCCAGCGAAACGAAAUUGAGCUCGUCCAGGCCUCUAUGCUUGGUAGCAUUCUUUCUAACCUUCUUCUGGUCAUGGGAAUGUGCUUCUUGUUCGGUGGUAUCAUUCAUCGCGGCGAGUCGGGCAAUGGCAGAGAGCAGUCCUUCUCUUCAGCCACUGCGCAGACAACUUGCUCCCUCAUGACACUGGCUUCGGCCUCGCUUGUCCUUCCCGCUGCUCUCUACGCAGUUCUUGACCAGAAUGGUUCCAAGGAGAAGGCCCAGAGCAUCCUCACACUCUCUCGCGGCACCGCCAUCAUUCUUCUCCUCCUAUACGUCUUAUAUCUCGUCUUCCAGCUCCGAACACACAGCAACCUUUUCGACGCCGAGAACCAGAACGAGGACGGUGAGGAGGCUGAGCCAGAGGAGCCUACUAUUGGACCUAUUGCCGCUAUUGCCGUUCUCUGUGUUACCACCGUCCUCGUCACUGUCUGCGCCGAUUACCUCGUUGACAGCAUUGAUGAUCUUGUUAAGACUUCCGGAAUCAGCCGAGGAUUCAUUGGUCUGAUUUUGAUUCCUAUUGUUGGCAAUGCUGCUGAGCACGUCACUGCUGUUGUCGUCGCCCUCCGUGAUAAGAUGGAUCUCGCCAUGGGUGUUGCGGUUGGUUCUUCCAUCCAGAUUGCUCUCCUGGUCACGCCCUUCCUAGUCAUUGUUGGCUGGAUCAUUGGUGCCCCCAUGACUCUUCACUUCGAGACCUUCCAAACUGUUGCCUUUGGAGUUUCUGUCCUCGUUGUUACGUAUAUCGUCCAGGAUGGCAAAUCCAACUACCUGGAGGGUGCUAUGCUUAUGGGUCUCUAUAUUAUCAUCGCCUUGGCGUUUUACGCCACUCCAUCAGAUGUCUUGGACCCUGGCAACUAA